AUGAACGAUGAAGAUAAUAGAAAUGAUGAUACACUACCAACACACAUAGUAAAGGAAGAAAGUCAGACACAACAACAUCGGUUUUAUGUUCGAUCACUAGGAUGGACCAAAAUAGUUGAAGAAGAAUUAACCACAGAACAUAGUAGUCGUGCAGUGAAUAAAUGUAUUCAUGAAUUGACAAGAGGUAUUAAUGAUGCCAUUGGCCGCUGGGGAGAAGGCAAAGAUCUUUACAUGGAUAUAAAUAAUACCGAUUUGUUGUUAAUUGAUCCAAUGCAAAUGACUAUAUUACACAAACAAGCAAUUCCAUCGAUAAGAGUAUGGGGAGUAGGACGAGAAAAUUCAAGAGAUUUUGCCUAUGUGGCUAAAGAUAAAGCAACACGAAUUUACAUGUGCCACGUAUUUCGCUGUGAUAAUACACCUGCUCGAACGAUUGCGAAUAUAUUACGUGAUAUAUGUAAAAAUUUAAUGAUUGAACGUGGCUUACUAUCAACAACAACUGAAAUUAGUAAUAAUAAUACACAAAAGAGGUGGGGAAAUAUCUGA